AAUGCUUCCUCGGGACUCUCAAAAGGUGCCAAACCACCACUCAAGGCAAAUCCCAAGAAAGCCCCUGUCAGCAUGUAUGGCGACCUUUCUUCGGCAUUCACUUCAAAGAAGCAUGCAGAGACUGCAGAGGAACUGGAUGCGAAUAUCUAUGAUUAUGAUGCAGUCUACGAUUCUUUGAAACCACAAAAGAAGAUCACCCAAGAAGACAAAGAGAGGAAGCCCAAGUAUAUGAGCAACCUGCUGGCUGCAGCGGCCGUACGAAAGCGUGAUGCCACUAUAGCCGAAGAGAAGAAGCUGGCAAGAGAAAGAGAAGCAGAAGGAGAUGAGUAUGCCGACAAGGAGAAGUUUGUCACGUCAGCAUACAAAAAGCAGCAAGAAGAGAAUCGUCGCCUAGAGGAAGAGGAGAAGAUCAGGGAAGAGGCAGAGGCAAAGAAAAACAAAGGAACUGGCAUGACUAGCUUCUACAAGAGUAUGCUCGAGAAAGGAGAACAGAAGCAUGCAGAAGUUGUCAGAGCCGCGGAAGACAGACUCCAACAGGGUCCAGUCGAGGAAGAGGAGCAAGAAAAAGAGAAGACGGAGGCUGAUCUGGCACGUGAGAUUAACGAAAAGACUGGAGCUGGCAUCGCUGUCAACGACGAAGGUCAAGUCGUGGACAAGCGGCAACUACUAAAAGGAGGUCUGAACAUCGUCCCAAAGCCUAAGAACUCGGUGGCUGCGAACGCGUCGCGUGGAGGUGCUUCGGUUGCAGACAGAAGCAGAGGUUCAGGCUUUGUUGGUGCAGGAGGUAGCAAGCAGGCAAUGAGAGAACGGCAAUCGAGAAUGAUGGAGGCACAAUUAGAACAAGCAACUAAGAGGGCGUUGGAGCAGGAGGAGGAAGAGAGAGAGAAGAUCGAGCGAGCCUCGAAGAGUAGAAAGACAGAAGGUGAUAUCAUGAGUGCCAAAGAGAGGUAUCUGGCUAGGAAGCGAGAAGCAGAGGAGGCCAAAAAGCGA